AUGCAAAUAUUGGAAAAACGCAAAUAUGGGAAAAACUCAUAUAUGAGAAAAACCCAAAUAUGCGAAAAACCCAAAUAUGGCAAAAACGCAAAUAUGGGAAAAACGCAAAUAUGGGAAAGACGCAAAUAUGGGAAAGACGCAUACGUGGGAGAGACGCAAAUAUGGGAAAACCGCAACUAUGGGAAAACCGCAAUUAUGGGAAAAACGCAAUUAUGGAAAAAACGCAAUUAUGGGAAAACGCAACUAUGGGAAAAACGCUAUUAUGGGAAAAACGCAAUUAUGGGAAAAACGCAAUUAUCGGAAAAACGUAAUUAUGGGAAAAACGCAAUUAUGGGAAAAACGCAAAUAUGGAAAAAACGUAAAUAUGGGAAAAACGCAAAUAUGGGUAAAACGGAAAGUAUGGGAAAAAUGCAAAUAUGGGAAAAAUGCAAAUAUUGGAAUAACACAAAUUUGGGAAAAACGCAAAUAUGGGAAAAACGCAAAUAUGAGAAAAACGCAAAUAUGGGAAAACGCAAAUAUGGGAAAAACGCAAAUAUGGGAAAAACGCAAAUAUGGGAAAAACGCAAAUAUGGGAAAAACGCAAAUAUGGGAAAAACGCAAAAAUGGGAAAAACGCAAUAAUGGGAAAAAUGCAGAUAUGGGAGAAACGCAAAUAUGA